AUGCACCCAGAUGCUAAAGGAAAAGAAAAAUGGGAAGAGUCAAUAUAUGCUGACAUGUUUUUCUAUCUCCGAGAACAUCCUGAGCUUCAAAGGGACUGUGGUAUAAGAGCUCCCUCAGAUCCAUUACUUUUGGCCCUUGAAAAGGAAAAUAAGGCUAAGAACAAGAGGCAGGCAUGUUUGAAAAGGUGUUGUUCUGCAUGUAGCAUAGGGCAGAGAUGCCUUAAACUUGAGGAACCAAAAGACCUGCCUGAGUUUUAUCACCCCCCAGGAAAACUGCAAGGGGUAGUGACAGCAGCUCCAGGAGAUAACCUAGAGAGUCCUGGUAACAGCAGUGAUUCUGAUAGUGACACUGGAGUUAGCUCCACAACCCAGGCUCUGGGAAGCCCAGUGGCAAGGAGGACCCAAAGACAACAAGUAACUGCCCCGGCUCCCCAGCUACCCAUUCAGACCCCUCUGCGACAAGGGCCAGAGUGUGACCCAGUCUGGAUUAAGGUACCCUUUACAAGUCAGGAUUUGGAUAGCUGGAGGAAAAAGGCUAAAAAUUAUCGUAAUGACCCUACAGGGACAGCUACUCAUUUUCGAUUUAUGAUCAGGCAGCAUAACCCAGACUGGGAUGAUAUCCAGUUAUUACUGGAACAAAUGACUGAAACAGAAAAACAAUUAAUUGAAAGACAUGGAUUGGAAAUAGCAACAGAAAGAAUACAAACUCGGGGAGGAAGAGCAAAUAUAGGGGAUAUAUUUCCACUCCAAAAUCCAGGACGGAAUACAAACGAUGCCCUGCAAAGAACUAAACUGGAAGAGUACCGGGAAUUUAUAGCCAGGGGAAUGGAAAAAGCCAUCCCGAAAACAAUUAACUGGUCUGUAUUAUACUCAGUCAGACAAGGGCCUGGUGAAUCACCCUCAGAAUUCCUAGAUAAGCUGAGGGAUGUCAUGAGGAAAAAAACCUCUCUUGACCUUGGGUCAGAAGUAGGUACACAACAACUGGUAUCAUUAUUUAUUGGGCAAUCUGCUGGUGAUAUCAGAAAGAAGUUGCAGAAAUUGUCAGCUCUGCAGGGAAGAGAUUUGGAGGCACUUUUGGAUGUAGCAUGGAGGUCAUUACUAGGAAGGGACUUGUUAGAAGCAUUGGGAGCUGAAAUUAAAUUUAAUAAGGGGAAGGUAGAAUUUAGGGUAAGGGAGGAACAGUUAAUUGAGGUUUUAAGUCUUGCACUAAUGAGCCCUCAACAAGAGGAAAAGAAAAUAACAGAAAGUAUAAAAGAUCAGCUAUAUCCUGGAGUAUGGGACACUGAGCACCCUGGAAGGGCCAAAAAUGCUUUACUGAUAACAAUAGAUCUUAAACCUGGAGCCCAACCAAUCAGGAUAAAGCAAUAUCCUUUAAGGAGAAAAGAUAGGGAAGGAAUUUUGCCCAUUAUAGAAAAAUUUAUAAAAUAUGGGCUGUUAACAGAAUGUGAAUCAUCAUACAACACCCCAAUUUUGCCCGUGAAGAAACCCACAGGAGGGUAUCGGCUAGUACAGGAUCUAAGGGCCAUAAAUACAAUCACGAGGGACAUUCAUCCAGUAGUAGCAAACCCAUACACUCUCUUAACUCGAUUGAGGACUGAGUUAGAAUGGUUUACUGUCCUGGACUUAAAAGAUGUUUUUUUCUGCUUACCUCUGGCCCCUGAAAGUCAGUCACUGUUUGCUUUUGAAUGGGAGAAUCCAGAAACUAACCGAAAAUGCCAACUGACCUUGACAGUGUUGCCUCAGGGAUUUAAAAACAGCCCCACUAUUUUUGGAAAUCAACUGGCAAAAGAAUUGGAGAAGUGGGAUCAGCCAGAAGGAGACAGAGUCCUACUACAGUAUGUAGAUGAUAUCUUGAUAGCAACUCGAACCACAGAAGAAUGUGAAAAGUGGACUGUGAGUAUGUUAAAUUUUCUGGGACUUAAUGGGUCUCGAGUCUCCCCACAAAAGGCCCAAAUAGUCCAGCAGCAAGUAACUUACUUGGGAUAUGAACUGACUGCGGGACAACGAGUACUGGGCCCUGAAAGGAAGGAAGCCAUAUGCUCCAUUCCACUUCCCAACACAGUAAAAGAACUCCGAACCUUCUUGGGAAUGACAGGCUGGUGUAGGCUGUGGAUUUAUAAUUACGGCCUGUUUGUCAAACCUCUUUAUGAAUUAUUGAGGAAGUCUGGUAGGGCUCUGCAACGGAACAGAGAAGCUAAACAAGCCUUCCACACUUUAAAAAGGGAACUGAUGAGGGCACCAGCACUAGGCCUACCUGAUGUCACUAAACCCUUUUUGUUAUAUUCCUAUGAAAGUCAGGGAAUAGCACUUGGGGUCCUCGCACAAACUUUAGGACCCUAUAGAAGAGCUGUGGCAUACCUCUCUAAACAACUGGAUGAGGUAAGAAAAGGAUGGCCAGGAUGCCUGAGGGCUGUGGCUGCAGUCGCAGUCAACAUUUAGGAGUCCCGCAAAUUCACAAUGGGACAGAAAAUCACAGUCCUGGCUGUAUUAGUGGAGCAGGAUGAUGUGGAGAUCAAAGUCACUAAUGUUGUCAAUCCAGCCUCUUUCCUCCAGGGAAGUAAUGGAGAAUCAGUAAUCCAUGACUGUUUGGAAACAAUCGAGGCCACUUACUCCAGCAGACUUGACCUGAAGGAAGAACCCCUGGAGAUGGCAGAUCAUAACUGGUAUACUGAUGGAAGCAGUUUUGUGAUCCAGGGAGAAAGAAAGGCUGGGUAUGCUGUAACUACAGAAGAAGAAGUGAUUGAGGCAGAAGCACUACCAGGUAACACUUCUGCCCAAAAGGCAGAAAUAAUUGCUCUGAUUAGAGCCUUAGAGCUCUCUCAAGGAAAAAGUGCAAACAUAUGGACAGAGUCCAAGUAUGCCUUUGGAGUAGUGCAUGCCCAUGGAGCCAUCUGGAAAGAGAGAGGACUAUUGUCAACCCAAGGAAAAGGCAUUAAGCAUGCAGAAGAAAUAUUGAGGUUAUUGGAAGCAAUACAAAACCCAAGCAAAGUAGCUGUAAUGCACUGCAGAGCACACCAAAAGGGAAAUACUGGUCAAGAAAGAGGUAACCGGUUGGCAGACAAAACAGCUAAAACAGUGGCCAGGGAGGGAAAAGAGGUGGCAGAAUUUGUUUUGGUCCCAGAUGGUAAACUGACAGUUGAGCAAAAGGAACCAGAGCCUGUGUAUAACACAGAAGAUCAGAAAUUAAUUAAGGACCUUUUAGGGACUAGGGUAGAGAAAGGAUGGGCUAGGACACCGGAUGGGAAAUUAGUCAUACCUACUAACCUCCUUUGGGCAUUUAUUCAGAUGGAACAUGGAAAAACUCACUGGAGAGCAGAAGCUCUGUAUCGAAAAUUGGUUCAGGAGUGCAUAGCAUCAAAACUGCAAACCACUGUAGAGCAGGUAACUCGACAAUGUGAAGUAUGUCUUAGGGCCAACCCCAAGGUGGUGAAAGAAGUCAAGCUGGGACAGAUUAGUAGAGGAAAUUAUUUGGGACAACAGUGGGAAAUUGAUUUCACUGAACUUCCAAGAAAGGGGGGAUAUAGAUAUCUUUUGGUCCUUACUGACACCUUCUCUGGUUGGCCAGAAGCAUUUCCCUGUCGCACAAACAAAGCUCGGGAGGUUACCAAAACAAUGUUACAAGAAAUAAUACCUCGGUUUGCUACUAUUUCCUCAGACAGAGGAUCACAUUUUGUGGUCAAGGUAGUACAACAAAUAAGUAAGAUCUUAGGAAUUGAUUGGCAACUCCACACUCCUUACAAUCCACACUCAAGUGGACAGGUGGAGAAAAUGAACCAUUUAAUUAAGAAUCAGAUAAUAAAAAUUGGACAGGAGGCAAAACUCCCUUGGCCACAUGCAUUACCAAUUGCCCUGCUGCGAAUUCGAAGUAAAGGACUAAGGAGAGGCUAA